GUAAAUAACACCAAUAAUAUCACAUCACCAGUAACGAUUUAUUUAUACAAAACUAAAACUACGUACAUACUUAGUAAUACAAGUAAAUUUUAAUCAGUAUAUAAACAGCACUCGAAGAAUUCACAUCAAAGUUUUUACAUAACUCUUAUAAGAUGAAAGUUGUAAUAACAGGAGCCGCUGGAUUUCUGGGUUCUCGGCUGGCGAAGGCCUUGCUGUCCUCAAACUCGUCGUUGGCCGUGUCGGAGUUGGUGCUCGUGGAUGUGACGGCGCCGGGCGCGCCGCCCGCGCGCGUCCCCGUGCGGGCCGUGGCUCUGGACCUGGCCGCGCCGGGCGCCGCGGAACAGAUCAUCGAGCCCGACACGGCCGUCGUCUUCCAUCUAGCGGCCAUCGUCAGCGGGAACGCGGAGAAAGACUUCGACUUGGGAUUCCGAGUCAAUUUCGACGCGACCCGCGCGCUGCUAGAGGCGGCUCGGCGUCGCGCGAACAAUGUAAUUUUCGUCAUGUCCAGUACCGUGGCGGUAUACGGAGGAAAGUUACCGGACGCGCCGGACGAAGACUUCGCACCGAUGCCGCAGACGUCGUACGGCUGCGCCAAGGCGAUGGCGGAGCUGCUGGCGCGCGAGUACGGGCGGCGCGGCUGGGCCGACGCGCGCGUGGUGCGGCUGCCGACGGUGGCGGUGCGCGGCGGCAGCGCCAACACCGCCAUCUCGUCGUUCGCGAGCGACAUCGUGCGCGAGCCGCUCGCGGGCAGAGCGGCCGUGGUGCCGGUGCCGCCGGAGCUGCGCAUGUGGGUGUCGGGCCCGGCGACGGCGGUGCACAACCUGGUGCACGCGGCGGCGCUGCCGGCGGAGGCGUGGCGCGCGCGGCGCGUGGUGUCGCUGCCGGGGCUGACGGUGGCGACGGGCGAGAUGGCGGCGGCGCUGGCGCGCGUGUGCGGCGCGGCGUGCGCGGCGCGCGUGCGCUGGGCGCCGGACGCGGCGCUGGCGGCCAUGAUGGGCUCGGUGCCGGCGCGCCUGGCCGCGCACGCCGCGCUGCGACUCGGCUUCCGGGAGGACCAGAGUUACGACGACCUCAUCCGCGAGUACAUACGCGACGAUCUCGGCGGCCGCGUACCUCAGUUAUAGGCGGUAGACACAUUUCGCUUGCUUUAUUUUCAAAUAAAACUAAAAAUUGGCAAUAAUC